CUAUCACAACCGCCGCCUUUCCCUCGUCCACGCCUGCUGCCCGGCCUAUUCCUACCACCAUCUCGCCUGUCGACACUCGAUAACAAACACAGCAUUGCACCCUUCACGUCACACAUCCGGUUAUCCGCGCAACAUGCCUAGCCAGGGCUACGAGAGGGUAGCCGCCCAGGACGAGGAUGAAUCUCCCCAGAGGCUGCAGGCUGGUCAGCAGUGGCCGCCUGCAUCGCCGCCACCGUCAUUCCACUCGCGCGCAUCAUCACCAAACGGCACAUCACGACGGCUGUUAUCCGAGGAUCCCGCACCAAACGAGGAAGACCGCACACUCGCCGACACGUUCGACUCGGAUUCCGACGACGACGACGAUAACGAUGGGCGCGAUGAUCGGCAGCGGCUGAUGCGGGGAACACCUAGGACAGAAGACGAGCCCGUGGCUCCGGGCAUCCAAAGGAGAGUAACGGAACUGCCAGUCUUCAACACACAGGCGCCGAGCAGCGGACGCGUCUAUGGCGGAGGCAACGGUGGUGUAUGGGCAAAUCUGAGCGCAAAGCCGACCAGAGGGGAGGACGCUGAGGAGAAGCCUCCGACCUACGAACAAGCUGCCGCAGAUGCCACGCCACCCUACUGGGAAACCACCAUCCUCGCUCCCGGCACUUUCGGCGAUGAAGUCUUCGUCGAAGGUCUUCCCGUCGGCUCCCUCUUCAGUUUCCUCUGGAACGCUAUGAUCUCCAUGUCCUUCCAACUCGUCGGCUUCCUCCUCACCUAUCUGCUCCACACUACCCACGCUGCAAAGAAUGGAUCCCGCGCUGGUCUCGGUAUCACACUCGUACAAUUCGGUUUCGGUUUCCGCUCCGCCGUACUUAGUCCGAACAACGGCAGCAAUGACAACCCUGGGCAGGGAUUCGACGGUGGCGUUCCGAACGACCCAAACGCCCACGACUUUGACCCCAACAAGGUUGGCAGUGGAAGCACGGGUGGCAGUGACAUGACACCCGCCGCGAGUGCCAUUACAGGCAGUGACUGGAUAGCAUACGGACUGAUGAUUGUCGGCUGGUUCAUCCUGAUCAAGAGUGUGUCCGACUUCAUCAGAGCAAGGCGGCAUGAACAACUCGUUCUCCAGUCUCCAGACCGGGGAUUGGGCGUAGCUGUUGUUGCCGAGGGUGAAAGCCCAGAGCGCAGUGUAUAAUUUCUUCAACAAGCCUCAGACUGGCAUUCUCUUCUCUCUCUUUAUAGCGUAUUAUUUGGUUGCAUCUAGGCACGGAGUUCUUCCUUGGUUAAAAACAGAUCGAAAGAUAUAGUUUCGCUGUUGUAGCAGCACAUCACUGUACGAUUUUCCUUGCUUGUCUACCACAUUACUAUCUAUAUCCCGGUCCCCGGGUCUCUUCUAUACGAAGUCAAUCACCUCGAAUCCUCACGUCCCAUGUUGAUGCUUUCACUUCACUGCUGACGAUGAUACUACUAUAAGGCUCAUGAUAGAUCAGCCAUGAUAGAGACAUGUUGAAUUAGUCUAUUGGUUAUUGUACAUGCACAAAUUGUGCUGGGUAUCUCGAAUCUCAAAAACGGCUAUUGCCAAAUUGCACUGCACCCGUC